AUGUCGCAACGCGAGUACCACAUAGUCGUCCUGGGUUCCGGUGGAGUCGGAAAAAGCUGCCUAACAGCCCAGUUUGUGCAAAACGUGUGGAUAGAGAGCUAUGAUCCCACCAUCGAGGACUCGUACCGAAAGGUCCUCGAAGUAGACGGCCGUCAUGUCAUUCUCGAGAUCUUGGAUACUGCCGGCACAGAGCAGUUUAAACUGUAUAUGAAAACUGGCCAGGGAUUCCUUUUGGUUUUCAGCAUCACAUCCGAAUCUUCCUUUUGGGAGCUUGCCGAGCUGCGUGAGCAGAUACGACGCAUCAAGGAAGACAGCAACGUACCCAUGGUUCUCAUUGGCAACAAGUCGGACCUAGAGGACGACCGUGCCGUGCCGCGCCCGCGAGCAUUUGCCAUAUCGCGCGAAUGGAACGUCCCGUAUUUCGAAACCAGUGCGCGAAGGAGAGCCAAUGUCGACGAAGCCUUUGUCGACCUCUGCAGGCAAAUCAUCCGCAAGGACCAGAACGAACGAUCGCGCAUGGCCCCGCCGGAUUCCCCGAGGCCUGGCGGUCCUAGGAAUAGAACCCACACGGGACGGCCAAAGCGCAAGGCUCAUCGGCCCCAUUCGCAGGGCAUCGUCGGCCAGGCCGUCAACUCUGUCAAGAACGCCGCCAACUACGUCUCUGAGACCAUCCAGGGCAACGCUGCCGAGGCCAACAAGGAGGCCAACAAGCAGCAGGCCAAGGGCAACGUUCCCGGACAGGACAGCCUCACCGACCGCGCCUCUGGUGCUCUCAACGCCGCCAGCGACUCGAUCAACCAGAAGAAGCACGAGGGCGCUGCCGAUGCCAACAAGCACUCCAUCUAA